CUUGCCGAAGACAACCCAUUAAACAUCAAGAAAAUCUUGGAUGUACGAAAAGUGGGCAGACUUUUCGAGUACCUGUUGGAACAAUCAGAUAAACCCAGCUCAGAAACAUCCUGGUUCAUGCUCAACGACAUUCCGGACACCUAUAACGAACUGUUAGAAACUUUCCACUGUUGA